AGCAAGUAACGUCUAAAUUAACUUUUUUUUGCUGAUGAACUGUAUAAAUGAGUGUCUAAUAGUGUUUUAAAUGUGUGUAUUCAUUAUUUUAGUAUUUUGGUGCAUUUUCUUUAAAAAUUAAAUAUUCAGCCUAAAAACCACAGUAAUGCGCCACCUUCAGCUUAAAACACAGAAUUUGACACAUUUUGAAUAAAUUUUAGCCAAUGGCUAAAGAGUAAGAUACUACGUAAACCAGUAGAGUACUACGUAGCAGCUCUUGUGCCAAAGUUAUAAAAGCAAGGAGAGUCUCGGCCACGCCUUGUGGCGAGUUGGGAGUUGGAUUUGCAAGUGAGUGUCGGACGGUUAGCGGUAGUUCAGCAUUAGCAUAUAGCAUUAGCAUAUUAUAGUCUUUAGCAUAGCUUUUAGUGUUAUAAAUACUUAUUUAGUGUUAGCUUGGCUGUUAGAUAUUGUAGUUUAGUUAGUGUUUGGCUUUUAGUGUUACUAGGAAAGUAGUUCGGGUUUAGUGUUCCAUAUCGUGUUAGUACUUAUUUAGUGUCAGCUUGGCUGUUAGAUAUUGUAGUUUAGUUAGUGUUUAGCUGUUAGUUUUAUUAGGAAAAUAAUUCAGGUUUAGUGUUCCAUAUAGUGUUAGUAUGGUUAAAAGGUGUAGUGUAGUUGGUUGUGGUAGCUCUGUGGGGUUGCACUCCUUUCCACUGGACUUAGAAAUUAGGCGCCAGUGGUUGCGCGCAAUCGGUGUACAGGAUAACAGUCAGCUCCCGCCUGGUGCUGUAGUCUGCAACCAGCAUUUUACCCGCGAUUCCUUCGCCAACAUGAUGGAGUUUGAACUGGGUUAUUCUGCACGUCUCCGUUUGAAGAGUGAGGCCGUGCCCACCGUGGCUCUUCCACGAAUUAGAUGCAGCCCACCGACUCUGCUCCCCCACCAUGGCGGGCUCCAGUCUGAGGUGAGUAAGCUAAAUAAACGUUUUAACAUCUUCUAAAGACAAUUCCCUACCUAAAUGCAAAGUUUGAGAGACGUGGUUCACUUCCUUUAGCUAAUAUCAGCCUGCACUGCCUUCGGGCUAAAUUGUCAAGUUCACAAAAUGUGGAACGGGAUGUAAGGUUAGAAUCAGCGGCGAAUAGGAACAUUUCUCGAAGCCCUGGCCGACAAAAAGGUCCACAUGACUAUUUCUGUCAGGCUCGGAGAAAAUCCGGGUUGUUUUUGUGUCAGUCGGUAAUUCAGCAACAGUGGCUCUAACGCAGCACUAGUUGACAGACAUCAUUACAGCGUGAAAUCCAGCUUUACACCAAAGCCUAACCCGGUUCUGUGAGGAAUUCUGUUCAGGAGGUCGCAUUUCAGGUUCUUCACAUCAUAUGUGACUGACUUUUACGUUAUAAUAACGAUCACACACUAGGAAUGUCAUAAAGCGCCUAUAUAUAUAUAUAUAUAUAUAUAUAUAUAUAUAUAUAUAUAUAUAUAUAUAUAUAUAUUUCGGACAGUUUCUUUUGUAUAUUAUCUGACUUUAUAAACAACAACAACAAUGUGCUUCUAUUUUUUUUUUCAGGCUAAAUCUACCCAAGACGUUGGCUGUCAGACUGAUUUAGUAAUCUGCAAAAAUGCACUUGUCCAGGCUCAUGUAAAGCCUUAUCGACGUAGCAAAGCCACCCAGUUUAAAGCUCACAGCCGCAGUGUGUCUUGUGACACAGGGACCGUGACGGAAAUUCAUCUUCCACAAAGUCCCAGAGCUGCGUCCACACCCCUGAAAAGACCACGAUAUGAGGUGUCUGUUGUUGAUCCCAGCUUCCACCUCAAUGACAGUGGAAGCUCAGUGAACUGUUCAAGCUCUUUCACUGAGGUCCAUCCACAAAAGGACAAGAAGUACAUUGUUCAUGAGAAACAGUUGCUGGGGCUGUUCAGAAGGUGUCCCGUUUGUACCGGUCGUUGUGUUGUGAACACGACAACAGUCGGCACACUGCUCCGUGUGACACAACGGUGUUCAUGCUGUGAGCACUACAAUGAGUGGUCCAGUCAGCCCAUGGUGAACAGCAUCCCAGCAGGAAACCUCCAGCUCUGUGCUGCUGUCCUUUUCACAGGCUCAUCAUUUAGCCAGAUUUCUAAGGUAUAGGCCAAAACUGUUUAGGUUGGUUUUGAUAAGGUCUGUGCGUCUCUCAUUUCAUGACGUAACUUUUCAUAUUUUAGUUCCUGGGUGCCUUCAAUGUGCAGGGACUGUCCAAGCAGACAUUCUUUCGACAUCAGGCAAAGCUGUUAAUCCCAACAGUGAGCUGGCAGUGGCAGCUAGAGCAAGCUGAUAUCAUCCAGGAGGCUACUGAAUCUGGACCUGUGACUCUUGGUGGUGACAUGCGAGCUGAUUCACCUGGACACUCAGCCAAAUAUGGCAGCUGCACCAUGAUGGAUCUCAAAAGAAACAAAGUUACUGAUAUCCAACUUGUACAGAGCAAUGAAGUUGGAAAUAGUGUGCGAAUGGAGAAGGAGGGAUUUGUGAGAAGUCUGAGCACACUUUUGGAGAGGGGGGUCGAUGUGCAGCAAGUCGUGACUGACCGCCACACAGGAGUGCAGAAGUAUUUGCGGGAGGAAAAAAAGGAAAUCAGUCACUACUUUGACCCCUGGCACAUGGGAAAAGGAAUUGGUAAGAAAAUCGAAGAGCUGGGGAAGAGAAAGACGACCCAGGAUGUGAGACUGUGGAAGCAAAGUGUGGUGAACCACCUCUACUGGUCAGCAUCCAGUUCCUCCUCAGGACAGGAGGCAGUAGCAAAGUGGACUUCAGUUGCCAACCACAUCCAAAAUGUGCACAGCCAUGACAACGCCCUGUUCCCUAGCUGUCUGCAUGCACCUCUGGAUGGAGAACAGGCAAGACAGUGGCUCAAACCAAGCACAGCAUCAUGUGAGAAGCUCACUGCCAUUCUGUUAGCUCCACGGUUUGUGAAGGACGUAGAGAAGAUAAGCCCUCAGUACCACACAUCCACCUUGGAGGCUUUCCACAGUCUCAUCAUCAGAUUUACUCCAAAAAGUCAGGUCUUCUCCUUCAAAGGAAUGCUGUCUAGAUUACAAAUUGCUGCAAUGCACUAUAAUGAAAAUGCAGCACGCUCACAUGCAGCAACAGCAACUGGUGAGCUGAGAUAUGCUGUAGUGUACCCAAAGUACAAACAUGGAGACUACACAGUGAGAGCCCUGAAGACCAAUCCAACCUCAUUAUAUGUGCACAAGCUUAUAGAUCUGCUGUUCGACUCUGUGGUGGUGGAUCCUCUCCCAUAUCAGGAGUACUCGGACAAAAUUCCGGUUCCAGAACCGCUCUGUGCCCAGUUCCAAAGACCAGAUAAACGGGAUGCUGUGAGCAGGCACAGGUCCAGGUUUUAAAGUGCACGUAAGCCAGGCUGCACACCACUGUACGACAGAGGAGUUACCUGUCGUCAUUAUGGAUCUUUAUGCUCAUCCACUCGUGACUCAUGCUGUCCACCUCCCAGAUGUCUAUUGAUCUCUACAACCUUUCUGCUCUGUGGCUCCCAUACAACUUGAAAAUCUUGGCCAGCCUCCUGAUAUUGUUACAGAAAAGCCUGUGCUCCCGGGAUCCAUCUCCACGUUUGUCAUCACAGUGAAAGCUACCUCCAGUCUAAGGAACCAAAGAAACAUCACUGAUGGCCCAACCUAUCCUCACAUGGCUCCAGAAUCUCUGCUUGUGGUUUAGAGUUUUGUCAAAAAUCAUGAAAGUUAUGAUCAGAUUGUAAUCUAACGUUGUCUUAGUAGUAGCUAUAAUAAAUGUUAUCUUUAAAGCGCAAUUGUGUCAUUUUAAAUACAAUUAUAUUGAUAUUUUGAUUUGUAUAAAUACAUAUAUCACAUUUAUUAAAUUAUCAUUCAUUUUUACCUAAUUGAACCUGCUCUAGAAUAGACUUCAUUAAUCACACAGGGUGUAAACUCACUUGUUACAGCAGCAUUAAUUAACCCCGAAUUAGAA